GAGAUCAAAAACAACUGUGCAGAUCAACAAAUUAAAAGUCAACGAGUGAUUUGACAUUUUUUUUUCGAAGGGAAUCGUGUUUUUAACCAGUGAAUUAUUAUUGUAUGUUUUUCAUCGAUGGCGUUAGGUCUGGAUUAGUUCAUCAAAAUUGUUGAUAUUGUGCAAUUGUUUUUAAUUGUUUUUAUUGGACAGCCCGUGGAUAUUCCAGUGGAUAUGAGCUACACCGAACCUCUGUGGGAAAUAAACGGAAAUCAGGGCCCAUACGUAGGUGGGGAAAUGCCGGGAUAUCCCAUGUGGGAUAGUUCGGUGCUUUACCAACCACCACCGCCGACCCAUCCCCACGUCAAUGAUCACAGCAAUGGAAUAUAUCGCCAGCCAUGCGCUUUACUUCAUCAAAGUCGAUACACGUCAAACGGACGAAUUCCGAAUCAACCGACGUCCACGACGAAGAAACCCCGACGGAGAGUGGCUUCGGUCUCUCAAAGACGAGCAGCCAAUAUUCGAGAACGACGAAGAAUGUUCAACCUGAAUGAGGCCUUCGAUAAACUCCGCAAAAAAGUUCCGACGUUCGCCUACGAGAAGAGACUCUCGCGAAUUGAGACUCUUCGUCUCGCAAUCACAUACAUCGCAUUCAUGGGUGAACUACUCGGGAUUGAACCAGCGAGUCCAAAAGCAGAUUAUAUUCCACGGGAAUAUUAUUUACCCAACUGAAAAUAAAUUUUCAUACGCCUUGAUUACGAAAAAAAAAGCAAUGCUAUCGACUCGGCUGUCAGUUUUGGUCCAGUGAUU